ACUGUCUCAAUUAUUAAGUCUUUAGACAACAAAACAUGACCCAUGUCUUUUGUUUUCUAGCAUUUGGAAGGAGUAUCUAUCUCCAUCUCCUUGUUGUUUUUCAUCUUCUUCUGCCCCUUCACAAACCAAAAACAAUAACACUGCAAAAUUCUUUCCUCUUUUGUUUUCAAUUUCCACAACAUUUUUAGCAUUAGAUUGGUCACAAGCUAGAAUGAGUUGAUGGCUUCUGGAGUUCAUGUUAUGGAGAAACCAAUUCACCUACAACAUCCACAACAACAACAACAGCAACAACAACAACAACAAAAAUCACAUGAAGCGUUAAAGUGCCCGCGAUGUGAUUCGUCGAACACGAAAUUUUGUUACUACAACAACUACAGUUUGUCUCAGCCAAGACAUUUCUGUAAGGCUUGUAAAAGGUACUGGACUAGAGGUGGCACCUUGAGGAAUGUCCCUGUGGGUGGUGGCUGCAGGAAGAAUAAAAGAGUCAAGAGACCAAUCACUACUACUGUUCAGCAUGUAGUUGCAGCCACCUCAUCAACAGUUAAUCAUCAAAGAAACCCUAACCCUAAUACUAAUCUUGAUCAUAAUCCAAUCCCAUCUUCCACCACUUCAAAUGGUAACAGCAAUCAUCAUCUCAACCCUUUGUUUUAUGGGUUACUCCCCCAAAACCCUAAUUUUCCAAGAUUUGAUCAUACUAGGGUUUCUAGCGUAAAUGAAGCCCCUGUUGUUUCUGGGUAUGAUCUUCUUCAACCUCAUAUGAAUGCAUCCGGUUUAGUGUUUUCGUCUUCGGCCACAGGCGGUUCGGUUAUGGCUAAUCAUGGUCAUACUCAGAAUUUAACUUUUUCAAGCUACAUGAACUCAUCCAUGUUUGGUGGUGGUUCGAGUUCUAGCUCUACUAGUGCUCCUACCAUGGCUUCUCUCUUAGCUUCAAGCCUUAAUCAACAACAAAGAUUCAUGGGAUUCGCAUCCUUCGAUGGCGGUUCGAUGGUUAAAGAUCUGAAAAUGGAAGGAACACAAAACAUGAUGGAAUGGAAUGCUAACAAUUUUCAUGACCAAAAUAAGAAUGAUCAAAUUGGAGGUGUUGUUUCUUCUGAUCCAAAUUCUAUUUUAUGGGAUUCUGAAGGGGGAGGCUGGCUUGAUCCCACUAAUAACAUUGGUUCUUCUGUUCCUUCCUUGAUCUAAUCCCAAAGACCCCACAAAAAAAUAUUUUCUUCGGUUUUUGAGCUGUUUUCACACUACUAGAAAACUGACCAUUUACGACUGGCCAGUUUUCUAGUAGUGUUACUUGAUGACGUAUCUUUUUUUCAGUUAACUUUUGUCUGUUUAAUUAGUUAGUAUAGGAAACAAUCAUGUCAAAGCGCGCAUCGAUGAGAGGGGAUUGGAUCGGAGCGAUCAUGUCAGCUAGCAAACUUAGAUUUCAGCCUUUUUAAUUUUACAUGAACAAGGCUGGAAAGGAAAAUAAAAGACUGGUUUUGCGCUGAGAGGAACCUCCAAUCCUCUUCAUCUCAUCGGCCCAAGUUCGAUCAUAAAGAAUGCAAGAAUCUACUAUCAAGAAUUUGGGUUCAAAACUGAUCAUCCUGGUGUGUUCUUCUAUCUUUUCUUGUAUAUACAAGUAUCUAUAUUAGGGUUUGUGGUGGUUUUAAUUUCUGAUGAAGUGGAUAGUUUCCAAUAGUUUUUUUUUUUUUUUUUUUUUUUUUUUUUUUUUUUUCAUGUUAUGGAUUAAGAGAGAAAGAAUGGGGGUAUAUUGGCAUAGAAGAGAGUGGGAUAUGUUUAGUUUUUACUCUUACAUUGUAAGGUAAAAUAUUUAGUUUGAAUUUUAUCUUGUUCAUCGUGUCAUCUUUUUCGUUGUACGUACACUUAACUUUUAUGGUUUUUGAUUAAUAUGAUUGAAUUAUUCUUCUAUUA